UUCAAGUGCACCAGUAAAAUAUACACAUAAGUGGAAAUUCAUGUCAACGUAAUAUUUUAUUUUUAUCAUAAAUAUUGAUGAAGUAGCUCCAUUAGAGGAAAUAUUUUUUACUAUCAAUGUCAUAUCUACGAUGAAUCAGCUGAAUGUUUGUUUACUUUGAAAACUGAUAAUCUUUCUCGUAGAAAAGUAACUACGAAAACAAACGAGCUGUAAUAAGGUGUAAUACCUGCUAAGUCGAUUAGUAUAGCUGCCAAUUACAAGCAAACAACAUGUCUACGACUCCGUUUGUAACUUUUAGCGAUGGGCAUAAAAUGCCCAUGAUUGGUUUGGGGACUUAUUUGGGUAAAGAAGGAGAGGUGGAAGAAGCUGUAAAAUAUGCAAUUGAUGUCGGAUAUCGUCAUAUAGAUACCGCAUCGUUUUAUGAAAAUGAAGCGGAAAUCGGAAAUGCAAUUCGACAAAAAAUUGCCGAAGGAGUAGUUGAACGUCAGGAUAUUUUUGUAACAACGAAGUUGUGGUCUAAUUGGCACGAAGAAGCUCACGUGGUACCGGCUUGUAAAAAAUCACUGCAAAAAUUAGGACUCGAAUACAUCGACUUGUAUUUAGUUCACUGGCCAUUCGCUUUCAAGGAAGGAGAAUAUCUUUUACCAAAGGAUGAUGCCGGCAACUUAAUCCUUGCCGAUACCGAUUACUUAGAAACUUGGAGGGGAAUGGAAGAAUGUAAAAAACAAGGACUUGUUCGCAGCAUCGGUAUAAGCAAUUUUAAUUCCGAGCAGAUAACCAGAUUAUUGGAAUCUGCAAAAAUUAAACCCGUGAACAAUCAGAUUGAAGUGUCGAUCAAUUUGAACCAAAAGCGCCUAAUUGAGUUUUGCAAAAAGCAUGACAUUACGGUCACCGGCUAUUCUCCGUUCAGCAGACCUGGCAAUCGAUACGGAAUAUCAAAUUCAUGGGAUAAUCCGAAAAUUCAAGCGAUAGUAAAGAAAUACAAUAAAACGCCAGCGCAAAUAGCGUGUCGAUUUGUGUUUCAAAUGGGUGCCGCUCCAAUACCGAAGUCUGUGACAAAAAAGCGCAUCAAAGAAAAUUUCGAAAUAUUUGAUUUUUCUUUAACCGACGAAGAAAUGGCAGAAAUUCAAUCUGUAGAAACUGGAAUCAGAGUCGCUCCCAUGAACGAUGCUGCGCCGUCCAUACACUAUCCGUUCAACAUUCCAUUUUAGAUAAUAUGUUGUAGAAAUGUACUCAUAUGUAAAAAAUGUAAUUUUUAACAAAAUCUAUUAUUAAUAAAUAAAUAACGUUGGACAUGUUGUUUCGACAAUGAAAAUAAUUCAAAUUAUAUCUUUUACUUUCGAGCUCGAUACAAAUCAAAAAGAAACAUUUUUAUCUCUGCUUUCACAAGUGAAAUGUUUCAAAAGACUCCAUGGACACCAAAAGCACAACAAGUUUCAUUCACUCUUAAAAUACUUAUACCAAGUGAAAAAAAGAAGUAGAUUCAUUAGUUUUUCUGUACCGAGAUUAUUAAUUGA